AGCGGCCACAGCGCUCAGUAUAGAGCGAACAGUCGUUUCGAGCUCGAGUUUUUCCCGCUGGCCGAGAGCACACAAGCUGGAGCUGAGGAAGCCCAGAAGCAGCAGUAGCAGUAGCAGCCGGAGCAGGAGCAGGAGAACGGAGCAGGGAGCCAGGAGUCAGGAGUCAGGAUCACGGAGCACGGUGAAAGAGAAAGGAGAAAGGAGCAAGGAGAAAGGAGCAAGAGAGAGCGGAGAGAAGCCAGCCCAGCAGCCAGCGGUUCGUCCGAGGAGUGAAAUUCGAGGCGGGGCGUGCAGGGAGUGGGUGUACGAGUGCGACUACGACAACGACUGCCACAUAAAGUGGAAAUCCGAAACGCCUUGAGGAGAGGCAGCGACAUCGACGCGGGCAGCGACAGCGACUGCGACGCCGACCGCGGCAGUGGCAGCAGCAGAGGGACACGCGUCAGGCGGCCAAGCAAAAGGCAGACAAACAGGCAAAUCCUGCUGAGACGACACGACGAGUCCUUGCUCGUCGGUUCAAACGUGCGGAACACUCUUCAAGCCAGGCGAUAAAAAAGAAUAUAACAAAAAAAAUAUAUACAAAAAAAAAAUACACACACUAGAAGCAAAGCUAGUCCACUAAACAUCCAUCACCCAGAACAAGGGAAAGUUUUCACACCACUCAAAAAAGCUGAGUAACAACACAACAAAGUUAUAUACCCAAGAAACCAAAGUGCCGCGAAAAAACUAACUAAUAAGCCUAAGGUCUAAAUCGAAAUCGAGUGACUGGCCAGUGAAAAAACGUUAAAGUUAAGUGCCCGAGAAAAUAGAAAGAUAAUAUCGAAAAAUAACGACACCACAAACGGUCGUUGCAAGGCAUCCACAAAAAGCGAGAGAGCCAAAAAGUUCCAAAAAAGAAAGAAAAACGCAAAGUUCGGAAAAGUUUUGAAAACUUCGAAAAAACUUCGGUGCAGGCCAGUGUAGUGCAAUGCCAGGCUUAGGCCGGCACAGUGUUGGUCAGCGGUGUGGGGCCUGAAGACCCACAAAAGCCGUGUGUGCAAAGCAUCGAAAGCCCAGAGAGAAACAUUGAUAUCGGGACUAUCCCUCACCACCACUCACCACUCACCACUCACCGCCACCAGCCCCCCAAAAACCACCUGCCACCUGUCUCUAUAACUCCCGCCCUCCCCCAACACAAGCUAUCUGUAUUUCCCCCUGGUAAACCCAACCCGAAACCGCCAAGAUAAGCCGUCUAAUCGAGAAGCUGCGCCAGACCAACAAACGGAAAAUGUUCUGCUCGCUGGCCCAGACGCUCUUCUGCGUCCUGCUCAUCCAGGGCGGCCUCUAUGCCCUCCACCUGAGCGGAAACGGAAAUGGCAAUGGGAAUGGGAACGGGAACGGUGACAAGUCGCUGGGCGAAGGAAAGGUCGUGCAGGUGCCCAGUCAUCCCGUGGGACCCUCGACGGGUGCCGCCGCUGCCUGGCAGACCGCACCCUCGCAGCAGCAGCAGCACCAGCAGCAUCCCGGAGGAUCACCGCCCGGCGGUGGAUCCUCGCCGCAUGGCCAUCGAUCCGCCGCAGCGGCCGCCUUCGAUGCCACCACGGUGCGGCUGAACAAGGAGAUAGCGGACAUGGCCCAGCUGGAGCGGGAGCGACUGAUGCUCCUCGCCCGUGCCAAGCAGACGGCGGAACAGCCGCCGGCGGGCAGCAAUCAUCGCGGCCAUCCCUUCAUCGCCGGCCGGAUACAGAUGCAGCCCAGCGAGGAGCUGGACGUGGGCGAUUAUCCGGCGCUGCUGCAGCAGGCCGCACGGGGUUACAUCUUCGGUAAUGUCCAGAAGCAGCCGCCAACGCCGGUUACCCUGGAACAGGAUUACGAGCAGCUGAGGGAGCUGGAGAAUAGACCCGUAAAAUACUACGGAAGGGUGGUGCAGCCAGCGGAGAGGGAGGAGCAGGCGGAGUCCCUCUACGAACCGCUGCACUCGUUCGGCGACUUCGAUGACUUCUCGGAACUGGAUCAGGAACCGCAGGAGCCCCACUUGGGCGAGGAUGAGUUGCUGCGGGAACUGGACGCCUAUCAGUAUCACGGCCUGGAGGAUGAACCACUACCGGAGAAUCCCUACCGCACGCUAGAGCAAUUGGAGCUGGGUGCACCGGACUCCCUGCAGCAGCUCUUCGAGCAGGAACAGGAGCAGCGAGACGCCCCGUUCAAGACGAUGCACUCCGGCAAAGCCCACAACCCGGGCAACUACAACAUAAGGGUGCAGCAAAAGUGGGCCAGGAAACGAAAUGGCCAGGGUGUUGCCCAUAAUGCCGAGGCGGAAAAACAGCUGCAGCGCCAGAUCUUCGCCCAGCACUUCAAGCCGCAGCGGACUGGCAAACUAUCACUGUCCGCCAACUCGGAGGCUACGGCCAGCAAGCACCUGAAGCCAUCCAGUCGCUCCGGCUCCAAGGAUAACGAGAAGCCACAUAGCGAGCUAGGAGGCAGUGCAUCCUCUGCCGCCUCCUCCUCCACUUCUUCCUCCGGCAAACAAACAGCCGGCGAUGGGUCGUCUAAGCAGCAGGUGGAGCAACAGUCGCAGCAGGACAAAAAGGAUCCCAGCCACAAGCGAUCCGGAUCCGGAGCAGCGGGAUCCAUGGGAUCACCAGGAGGCGUUUACUCCGCGCAGCCACCGAUUUCCCACAGCAUAGCCAGCCAGCUGAUGCUGCGCACCGCCCGCGGUCAACGGCAAUACGAUGUGCCACAAAUCGAGUGUCCUACCGCCAUGGAUGGCAUGGAGCGAUUCGCCUGCCCCAUACCCGACCGGCAGGGCAGAUACCGCUGCAUAGACGAUCAUGUGCUGUGCGAUGGCUUCAUCGACUGUCCCGACGGCGAGGACGAGGACCGAAGAUCCUGCAUGUUCUACAAGACGACGAAGGCCCAUCUGGAUGUGCUAGCGGAUGCGUUACUACGCUGGGCGCGAGGGCGUUAAGCGCCACCCACCCACCAAUCACACACACACACACACACACCCUCUAAUACCCACGACACACACACAAACACACAUACACGCAGAGAAAGUACACCUAGAGAACUCACAUUGACAAACAAUUAGUUUUAACAUGUCGCCCCAAGCAAACAAGACCCCGUUAAGUUAAACAUUAUGCAGGAACCAGACACACAGACAAGCCAACCACCCGCCUAUCCUUUGACAUGAGAAAGAUUUCCCGGAGGAACCGCGAAAAGAAACCCCCAGCCACAUAAAAAUGCAGCUCGCACUGGGCUAAAUGGACAAUUGCCAAGUAAGAAAAGCGAAAGCUAUGAUUAAACCGAAAUGAGGCAGAGAAUGUGCUUGACGAAAGGUAUGAUUAUUAUUACACUAUUAUGAUUAAAAAUUAACUUAAUGAAAAGCCCAAGCAGAGGAAGCAGUUAUACAUACUAAAGCUAAAUUACAAUUCAGCAAAAGAACAAAAAAAAGACGAUGUUUUUUUCAUUUUUAAAUUUGUUUCGCAGGAACAGAAAACAUAAUGAGGAAAAAACAAAAUUGGGCCUAACUAUUUUUAGUAUAUAUUAAAUAAAUAUAUUAUAAAUAUAUCUUACUAUAUGAAAUAUAUUUCGUGUACAUUAUUUAAUUAUACGUGUAUUAAAGUUAAAUAAUGUUAAUGUUAAAUAAACAAAUGAAAUGAAAUCAAAACGAAGCAAGCAAAAGAAAGCGAUAAAAAUAAUGAUGAGGCAGCAAGCAGAAGACGAAUGAAUUAUAUAUACAUAUACACAGAAAAAACCGACAUUAAAUAUAUAUUAAUAGUAUACAUAUACCAAUAACAAACAAUUAUACAAUUGAAGAAAAUAUUGCAUUAGGUUUUAUUGCUGAUAACUGAACAAGCUAAUGAGUGCAAUAUAAUAUACUUAUAUACAAUGCAAUAACAGCAAGAUUAGCGACAAAAAACAAACAUUUACAACUUAUGAGAAUGAAGCAAACAUUUACAUAAAGAAAAAGACUUGACUUCAUUGAAAACCCAAUUAAGUUUCUAUAGUACUCAGAUACUUUUGGUUUAAAGUUCUCUCGUUGUUAAGAAUACGUUUGCCAUUAUAGAUGAUUUGCUCCGAUUCUUUGUCCUUCAUGUUUGUAAAUAAUACUUUCAAUUAUACUUUUCGUUUGCCUGUAAGGAUCUCCCCCCCUCCACACUAGAUUUUGAUUUCGUUCAUGAGUGACAACAGUUCUCACGGAAAUGGCAGCUAUCUGUAGUUAAGUAAAUUUAUUUACAUAAUUGAACUAUGUUUAAAUAACAAUGGACUUAUAAAUAUAUAUAUAUAAAACGAUAAGCUUAUAAGCGAAACGAAAAGCUUGUACAAAUGCUAACUAACACUAAUACAUUCUCGACCUUUUUUCGAAGCCACAAGUGUUUAUUCCUAAUCGACUUUUGCAUUAUUUUUAAUUCGCGCUGUUCUCUCGAUUGGAAACGCUGAAACUCAACCUUGAAACACAACCAAUAAAAAUAAUAAUAAUGUUCUGGUCCAUGAAAAUUAUUCGCUAUUAUUAUGCCUGUUAAGCGGCGCGUUUUCAACACAAUCAAUCAAUUAUGAAAUACAAUCAAGCAAAUUUUUAAGCCGAAAUUUACAAAUUAAAAUUUUUAAACGGUUGUGUACGCAAACAAAUGACAACGGCAAAAUAAGCGCAAGUUAAUACCAAUGGCGAAUUAACAAUAAUAAUGAAUAACCUCUAGAGCGAUUUUCUCAUACUGCAUUUUCCGCAUGUUCCACUGAAUUUCCCCAUUAAUUUCCGCACUUCAUUCAAUUUGAAAUAUUUAAACAGCAAGCAAACGUUUUAAUCGCGAUUGACUUUGUGGACAUAAUCAAUCGAUAAUUGGUGUCAUUUAUUUUUUGCACGUAUUUGCAUGUUACUAAAUCAAUUCGUGUGAAAUCCUAACAAUGUUGAAUUAUUUACAACGGAAUAACAUAUGAAAUUGCGAGCAAUAAAAUUUCAUAUCUUAUAUACAGUACGUAUAAAAAUCGCAAACAAAUUAUAUAAAUCUAAUUGAGAAUACGUUUACGAGUAAGUUUUUAUUUCACAUCGAAUCCCAAUCUCCUGCCCUCCUAUAUCAACGAUCUUCGUUAUUAACCGAAAAGUAUAAAUAGGAGACAACCUAGGUGUUUUCUUUUAAUUGAUUAUUGAUUCAGUAAACGAUUACAUAAAUAACUGCAAAAUAACCCACCUUUAAAUAUAAAUGAAAGUAAAUUAAUAAUAGCAAUUUCUAUACCAUACGGAAAUCCUAUGCGCAGUGUAACGUGUGUAUAACUCUAAGUAAAUGAUAACUACCAGUAAAUGAUAACGAGUACGAAUAAUGUAUGUAUAUGCAAUUAAUGGUAAUCCUUGAAAUUAUGCACAAAUCCCAUGAAGAACGACAACUGAAAACCAGAGGACAAAACCCCCAAACAAAAAAAAAACAUAAAAACAAAUCAAAGACGAACAAAAGUUUUAAUCACAUUUUUUGAACGAACGACAAUUGCGGUAAAGGUAUAGAAAACACACACACACAGACAC